AUGCUGGCCAAACUCACGGAUCUUGGCUUAGACCCAAAACGACUGGAGUUAGUGGGCUACAGCCUCGGUGGACAAGCCAUAGGUCUCACAGCCAAACACUACCGACAAAUAACCGGCUAUAACAUCUCCUCUCUCACCGCUGUCGACCCAUCUGGCCCUUGUUUCAGGCAUCUAGGACCUCAAGACAGAUUAGACCCGUCAGAUGCUGAUUUCGUCCUUCAGAUCACAACGAAUAUGGACGGUUUUGGCAUAGCAACUCCUGUUGGACAAGUAGCGAUCUUCGUUAACGGAGGAGAAUACCAACCGGGGGAUCUUUGGUUGGCACCAUGCCUAGUCCUGUGCAGCCAUGGGAGAGCCUAUUUCCUCUGGCUUUCCGCUUUGAUGAAUCCAGGAAUUUUCAUAGCUUUGCAGUGUGAUUCUGUCCAGCAAGCCAGGGAUGGGGACUGCUAUGAAAGACAGCCAAGGGUCACGAACACAAUGGACUUAUUCACAGACAGGAGUAAACCUGGCAUCUACUAUUUACAUACGUUUAAUAGGUAUCCUUAUGGUUUGGGUAAAAGAGGGUUGAAAAGGAAGGAUAAUGAAAUCGUGAAGCACUUGAGCUGGCUUAACCAGGAAGAAGUACUAACGUAUUGA